CUUGGCUAAUUCUGUAUUUAAAGACACAGGCAAUCCAAUGAAAGAUCAUCAGAUACCUGAAGAACUUCAGAGUUAAGGUUGCUUGGAAGAAAAAAACAUCUAUAAUCAAACUGACUGGAAGGCAGAUUCAGCAAGCAAAGUUGCUAACGAUCUUCUUAGUGGAGACGAUAUGGCACCCCAGUUCCAGUCUCAGACCUUGGGCGCUGUGAAAGUGGUCUAUGGGGAUCUGAGCGAGUUAAGUCCUAGUGUGAGAGACUUUGUGGAAGAAAGUGCGAAGCUGUGCCAGCCAGCCAGCAUCCACAUCUGUGAUGGAAGCGAGGAGGAGAACAGGCAGAUUCUGGCCCUGAUGGAGGAACAAGGAAUGAUCAAACGCUUACACAAGUACCAGAACUGCUGGCUGGCUCGCACCGACCCCAAGGAUGUCGCUCGUGUGGAGAGUCAAACGGUGAUUGUGACCCCUGAACAGCGGGAUACCGUUCCCAUAGCGAAGAACGGACAGAGCCAGCUGGGCCGAUGGCUGUCCGAGAAGGAAUUUGAGAAGGCCUUCACCGCACGAUUCCCAGAGUGUAUGAAAGGCCGUACGAUGUACCUGAUCCCGUUCAGCAUGGGGCCCGUGGAGUCGCCUCUGAGCAAGUUUGGCGUCCAGCUCACGGACUCGCCCUACGUUGUAGCCAGCAUGAGGAUCAUGACUCGUAUGGGAGCGGCUGUGCUGGAGGCGCUGGGCAGCGGCCAGUUUGUGAAGUGUCUCCACUCGGUGGGCUGUCCUCUACCACUGAAGAAGCCACUGGUCAAUAACUGGGCCUGCAACCCGGAGCUCAUCCUGGUCGCCCACAUUCCUCAGCGCAUGGAGAUCACUUCAUACGGGAGUGGCUACGGCGGCAACUCGCUGCUGGGGAAGAAAUGCUUUGCCCUGCGCAUUGCGUCGAGGAUGGCCAGGGACGAGGGCUGGCUGGCUGAACACAUGCUGAUCAUGGGUGUGACCAACCCCAAAGGCCAGAAGAAGUACAUUGCUGCCGCUUUCCCCAGCGCUUGUGGCAAAACUAACAUGGCCAUGAUGAAGCCCACACUGCCUGGCUGGAAGGUCGAGUGUGUGGGAGAUGACAUCGCCUGGAUGAAGUUUGAUGAGCAAGGAAUCCUGAGGGCAAUCAACCCAGAGAACGGCUUUUUCGGUGUUGCCCCCGGGACAUCUGUGAAAACCAACCCAAACGCUAUGAAAACCAUUCAUGAGAACACCAUUUUCACCAACGUGGCAGAGACCAGUGAUGGUGGUGUUUACUGGGAAGGAAUCGACGAAACCCUUCCUCCCCACAUCACAGUGACUUCCUGGAGGAACAAAAGGUGGACGCCAGAAGAUGGGGAACCUUGUUCACAUCCCAACUCCAGGUUCUGCUCUCCUGCCAGCCAGUGUCCAAUCAUGGACCCAAACUGGGAGUCUCCCGAUGGCGUUCCCAUUGAAGCAAUUAUCUUUGGAGGGCGGAGGCCGAGAGGUGUCCCUCUGGUGUAUGAAGCGUUCAACUGGCAGCACGGAGUUUUCAUCGGAGCAGCCAUGAGAUCCGAGGCUACAGCUGCAGCUGAGCACAAAGGUAAGGUCAUCAUGCACGACCCUUUUGCCAUGAGGCCUUUCUUCGGUUACAACUUUGGCAAGUACCUGUCGCACUGGCUCAGCAUGGAGCACAGGCCCCAGUGCAGACUUCCCAAGAUCUUCCACGUCAACUGGUUUCGCAAGGACAAGCAGAACAACUACCUGUGGCCCGGCUUUGGUGAGAACUCGCGGGUCCUGGAGUGGAUGUUCCGUAGGAUCGAGGGAGAGGACUGCGCCAAGCUCUCUCCCCUUGGCCUCAUCCCCACUGAUGGUGCCCUGAACCUGGAGGGCCUGAACAAUGUGAACAUGGAGGAGCUCUUCAGUGUCGAGAAGGAGUUCUGGGAAGAGGAAGUAAGAGAGAUCAGGAGAUACUUUAAUGAGCAAGUCAGUAACGACCUUCCCAGUGAUGUGGCCAAUCAGCUGGUGCAGUUAGAGCAGAGAAUAAGUCGCCUGUAACCAGGGCCUGCCAACAGGACUAUGGGCAGUAGCCAUGAUCAGUUCCCACAAAAUGGCCUCCAGUUGGUAAACAUCAGUGUUUAUUAUGAUUGUGAGUUAAAUUCUCACACACAUGCAAUAAUAUUAGUGAGCUGUGUCUACUAACAGGUUUAGGUGAAAACUGGUGUUUCUAGAGUGGGCAUUUACAAUAAUAUUUAGUAGCGUAGACCUCUUGCUUAUGUCUAUUUGUAUUUUGUACUCUAAUACAUAGCCAACAUGAAUUAACAAGGUCUGUGAAUGCAGAGUCUGGCUGUGGGAAUCCAUGGCUCAGAAUAUGUUAGAGAACCAUCUGCAGCCCACAUGAAGGAAGCAGGACUUGAACCGGCCAUUCUGAGCUGUUCUGAGUCUGUAUUAAUGUUCCUGCUGGAACUUUUGGGAGAGGUGACCUGUCCUGUGAACAGCAGGCAGCAAGGUCCUUUUAACGGGACAAUUCUAAUUUUAGUUUUGUUCAAUUGUGGUCAUUAAUUUAUCGGUGAGGUACAGUCAGCACCCUGAUACCACUGCCUCACUGAUCAAUGACCUUUGAUAAUACCACAUGUAGAAACUCAGCCCAUCAUCAGUGGUUGACAGUGUGAAAGCAUAGAGAGUUCAUCUGUUCAAACUAUAACUUAUUUUUCUACAACUGAUUUUGACUGAACUUGCAUUAUAAUGCAGUGUGUUUCAAAAAAAAAUGAUUGUAGAGUUGUGUGGUGUUAAAAAAUAAACUGUUUUGUUAUGUUCU